AUGGCAUCCCCGGCACAAUGCUUCUACUGCUUCGAAACUCUGGCUGCUUCAUACAAGGAUGAGGAACCUCCCAGCCUUGCUGCUAUAGAGAGUUCUUACUGGAACUAUAUCCAGUCCAAACAACUAGCCACUGUGGAAGACAGGGCUCUCGCCGAAGAAGAUGAAGACGAAGGGGUAGAAGGACUCGACGAUAAUACAAGUCGGCUAAAGACCAUCAAAUUACCCUCUAUAACACGCUUACGACAAGAUACAUCAUCCGAUUCGUCGAGUACGACUACGUUAUCAGCGACUUCAUCUCGCUCGAUACUAUCAAACUCAACAAAUGUGACCACGCCAGGUGAAGAUACAAGCUCUCAACCACCUUCUUCAGCGGAGGAAGCUUAUCCAUUGUUUGUUACGUGGAACUUGAUUUCGAGACAUGGCCACAAGUCGCUUCGUGGUUGUAUCGGCACGUUUGAGGCACAAAAGCUCUCUUAUGGAUUGAAAGAGUAUUCUCUGAUCUCCGCUUUUAACGAUACACGAUUCUCUCCAAUCCCAGUAUCUCAACUACCACGCCUCUCAUGUUUCUUAACAUUGCUUAGCAACUUCGAACCUUGUGCGGAUCCCCUGGACUGGGAACUAGGCACACACGGCAUACGAAUCUCUUUCAUCCACCGAAAUCGACGAUAUGGCGCCACAUACCUCCCAGACGUCGCAGUCGAACAAGGGUGGACGAAGGAGGAGACCAUAGAGAGCUUGAUGCGUAAAGCCGGGUGGAGUGGUAGUAGUAGCGGUGGUAGUGGCGUGGCGAGAAGGAUUCUACGAGGGAGCAAUGACACUGGUACGAACAGCAAGCCUUGGGAUGAGGUUUCUGAUUUCAAAACUACACGUUAUCAGGGACUGGGAGCAUCUGCGGAUUACAGUGACUGGCAGGAAUGGAGGAAAUGGGUUGAAGCUGAUAAUGCAAGGCUGGAUUUGUUGCUGUCAUGA